AUGGCUGGCACGAGCGCGUCUAGCCCAUUUAUCAAGGACGAGCCAGAAGAUCACUUCUUUUCCCCUCAUAAUUCAAGAUUCAUGGGGGGCAAUCAGCAAGGCUUCCAGCAAUUCAACCAGUUCGGUUCGCAUAGUGGAAGCAUCAAUCCUAACGAUCUCACCAUGGGAGGAAGUAACGGUAUUGCUAUUCCCAACAGCCAGUAUGGCUCAUCUUUUCAGAAUAACUUUGGCUCACAAGCCGCCCAAAACACGGGUGCUGGGUUCGCCAAGUUCAACGAUGACGAGCUCCUUGACAUCACAUCACCAAUAACCGAUUCCCGGUCCAACCAGUCUGGCAUGCAUGGUAAUGGACAGGAUUACAACGUAGACAACUUUGACUCUUUCCCGAACAUGUAUCAAGGCCACAACGGCUCUGCUGCGCUAUCUGUCAAUCCCAACAUGAAUGGAUACUCAAACACACCAGAGGGUGACCCGAUUCAAAGUCCCUUUGUUCAACAUACCUUCAACAACGCCCAGUAUAUGCAUCAGAUCCAACAGGGUCAAAACUUCAACAAUCCCAUGUCAUCACCUGGUGGCUAUGGCUCACCGCUUGCCGGGUCAGAUAUGCAGAAUGGCGCGGUCGACCCAAGAAGACCUCAGAUGCGAGGAAUGAGGAGGACAUCUAGCACCAAAGGGGUUGUCGGCAAAGCAGCUGCGAUGUCCCUUAACGAAAACGCAAGCUACCCAACACCUAUCCGCACACACCGUCAUCAGAAGUCAUUGUCUAGUCAGUGGGAUCAAACGCCUAGUAGUCUAACCUCUUUCCCUGGCUCAGAUUUCGGCUCGCCAAUCUCAGGCGUACACCCAAAUCCACAAAUAUCUGAUAUCCUCAAGGGUGCUUCUAUGCCAACCAAACUCGGCAACACACAUUCAGCAGGUAGCAGUGCUCCAGCACUCCAGUCACAGGAAAUGAAGAGAAGAAGACGAAGAGAGUCGCACAAUCUUGUCGAGCGACGGAGAAGAGACAACAUCAACGAACGCAUUCAGGAGCUCAGCCAUCUCGUUCCCCACCAUCGUCUAGAGGAUGAGAAAGUCCGCAAGGCUCUUCAAAAUAACUCUCCCUUGUCACCUACCCUAGCCGGCUUAUCCCAUCCCCCAAGCGGAAUGAGCCCUCCACAGGCCACCUCUGGACUCGCUGGACCUGGUGCACGACGAGCUACAGCCGGCAACAUUACAACCGGAAUCCCGAUCGAAGAGAAGGACAAGGGACCAAACAAGGGUGAUAUUCUCAAUGGCGCUGUGAGCUGGACUCGCGAUCUCAUGUGGAUGCUUCACGUGAAGAUGCAACAACUAGAUGAGCUCAACAAUUGCAUUCAAGAGCUAGGCGGAACUCCACCAUUCCAAGAAACUGAAGACGAAUUACGUAUGCGAACAGAACUCAUGGAUGCUAUGGUGAAGAAUGAUGGUUCCAAGUUCCAUUAUUCGAGGGCACCGGGAACUGGUCUGAGGGUGCCUAAACAUACUGAUGUCAAAGGUGAUCCUGUCGGAAGUCCAACUUCCGGACCAAAUGACACUUCAUUGAGCCCCGAGAACCACAGCAGCACUGGUGAUGUUGGACAAGCUGGUAUAGGUGGAGCUGGUCAAUACUGGAGCGGCCACAAUAGCAGCGGAAGCGGUCCUGGUUCAAUAAGCUUCAAGGAGGAGGACGAGUACGGAAUGGACCUCACUCAAUGA